AUGCCUCUUCCACACCACUCUUCUUCUCGCAGCGACGCUGCUCUCUUGGAUAUUCUCACUGGCCCUGCACCCCAGGCCGCAAAGUCCGCGUUUGCUCGUCGGGAUGCUGCUCUCGACCCCCUGUUAAUCGCUGCUGCUGCUGCUUCCGGUCCUCAUGUAACCAGAAAUCACUACCACCACGAUUUUUUCCCUGGCGUCAUGCUUCCUCAGGCUGAGGGCGCUUGGGACUGGACCAAGUAUACCGGGGAGGAUUCUUCCGCAAAGGGUGCUCGCAAACAUCUGGCGUAUGUGAGUCGUCAGGCUCCUCGCAGGCAGCGUUUGGGGCUGGCGGAGGAGGGUAAAGAAAAUGAUCACCCACGUGAGAUUGAACCGCUCAAGUCGGCAGACAAUCUCCCACCCGCAUCCAAGAAACGUCGUCCUUCCCUCGCCUCUUCCACCACUCCAAUUAACACCGAUGUCAAGGCUCGGCCAAAGGCGCAAUCUCACUCUGAUUUUAUCCCUCAUUCUAAUUCAAUCCCUCAGUCAUUACCUCCCGUAGAAGUUAAAUGUAUGGCUCGCACUCGUAUACCCACACCUCACGGGCCCGCUUUCUUGCAUCUAUACCACAACAAUCGCGAUAGCAAAGAGCAUCUUGCAGUCGUCAUAGACCCAGCCCAACUUUCUGAUUCUUCCGGACUAUCCUCUGCCGCCACUCCCAUCCGCUCACGGUCAUUGGAUGCAGUUUGGAGUGAGAAUGAGACGGAAAUGGACCGCAUCAUUCGCGGCGCCUACGUUGGUCGUUUGUCCUCGACUUCGAAACACGCUUCUGAUCCAACGCUACAAACAACGAGUUCAAGCGCUCUGAAAGACGCCGUACCACCUCCCAUCAUUCGAAUACACUCUGAAUGUUUCACUGGGGAGACCAUAGGAAGCAUGCGGUGUGAUUGUGGCGAGCAACUUGAUGAGGCAAUUCGACAGAUAUCAUUACCCAUUGUCCUUCCGCCUACUCCACAACAUCCAAGUGAAAUUACUAUUCCUGGGCGCGGGGCAAUUAUCUACCUUCGCCAAGAAGGUCGUGGAAUUGGUCUUUUAUCCAAAAUUCGGGCCUACAAUCUCCAAGACAUGGGACACGACACCGUCACAGCUAAUCUCAUGCUCGGCCAUAAAGCGGACGAACGAGGAUACGAAAUAGCAGCUGCCAUCCUCCGCGAUCUCAAUUUGGGGACAGGCUCUCCGAACUCAGUAUCAGAAGGAGUCAGAGUUUUGACGAACAACCCAGACAAAGUGGAGGCACUACAAAAGGAGGGAAUACAAGUGGCGGAGAGAGUGCCUAUGAUCCCCCGUAGCUGGCAGCACCGAAAAGCAGUCGCGGACGCAAGCCACAUGUCUGAAGACACAGACACACGUCUAGCUGAUGGUCGCCGUGGUCCAACGGACGACGAAAAGCAGGCCAUGGCCGACCUUGGCUCAAAAACUGUGUACGGGGACGAUUUGGACAAGUAUCUGAGAACCAAAAUCCUCCGCAUGGGGCAUAUGCUACCGCUAUGGAUGGAAGAACCUGACGUAACUACAAUUUAUUGA